GCUUCUGAUUCCUUCAGUCGGAGCCAGGCGCUCGAAGGAGGCGGUUGUAUUGGUGGUGGCUGCUACUAACGGGGAGCCAGUUGAACGUGCCUUUUUUUUUUCUCCUUAGGAGUCUUGAGCAGCAAUCGAGUGGGCUUUUUUAAACCUAUUUCAUCGUUGGCGUGAGGAAUUCGGAGUGUUCUUUUCAGGCGUUUCCUCAUCUCGGCUUUUUUGCUCUAAUGGCAGUGACUAACGUCUCCCCUCACGGACCUCCGCGGAGCCAGAGUCCUUACCAAAUAAAUGGAAAUUGCAAGAAGAAAGAGAUUUCUGUGGCACUUAAUGUAAUUGGGACUGGACAGCAGACAGCAGAAGGGACAUGUUCUAAAAUUUCUGAAAAACAGAAAGUGAGCAAGAUGACAGAUGAGAUGACAGGAUUCAUGGAUGACUUGACUCUGAGCUCACCUAAAGGGAAAUUUCAAUCAUGUUCAAGGAGCAGCUGCAGCAGGCGAUCCUCAGUAUCUUCUAGUGAUUCAUCUUACAGUUCAAGUAUUUCAUCUUCCUCCACAAGCUGGAGUAGAUUAAGGAGCAGAUCAAGAUCACAUGCUAAAAGGAUUUGUUCUCAGAGAUCCAGAGGAUACUCAAGAUCUUAUUCCAAGAGUCAUUCAAGAUCACACAAUUACAGAUACCAGGAAAAAGCCCAUCUUAGAUAUUACAGAAGAUAUCCUCUUUCAUGUCCAAUAUAUCAAUCCCGGAGCAGAUCUUCUGUUAGAUCAUACUAUCACAGGUCUUACUCCAGAAGUAAAUCAAGAAGCAGAAGGAUAUAUGGGUUUGGAAGAACCGCAUGUCCUGAAGAUUAUAGAAGGUGAAGAAACUGCUCCCGAACAAGAUCUCACAGUAGAACCCUUCUUUGCUUGACAGAAAAAGAGAAAAGAAAACUACUUGAAAUAGCAAAAGCUAACCCAGCUAAAACUUUUGGGAAAGAAAUUGUCCUGUCAGACAGUUUAAAAAUCGAUUCCAAAACCAGUGAAAAUGGAAAUCCAAAAGACAACUUAGAUUUUAAGAAUAUGCCAAGGUCGCUGGCCCUGAAAUCAACUAGUCUGCUUUCUAAAAAUAUGGUAGUAUCCCCAACAAGAGAAGAGAAAAAGGGCUCUGCUGGCCAGUGGAUUCCUGUUAAGAAUGAGGAAAAUGUCCUGUUUCAUAAUUUUUCACCUAAAAGUACAACUUUCAGAGCAAGCUAGUAGUUCUGUUCUGGUUAAUAACAUCUAAAAUUUUAAGGGGUUCGGGGGGGGUUGUUCU